AUGGUCGUGGCGAUCGGAACCGACCUCGUCGCAGUCUCAAGAAUUGCAGCCGUCUAUGCCAAGCGAGGCGACCGGCUGCAGGAGGAGCAGCAGGAGCAGCAGGAGGAUCAUAAACCUCAGGCACUACGAUCGAGCUCAAAGGUUCUCCCGGGAAAGCACAGCCACGCAAUCCUGUUCCUGGCAUCCCGAUGGGCGUUAAAGGAGGCCACCUACAAGGCAUGCUUCCCAUAUCGUCUUGUGUGGAGCGACAUUCAGGCAGAUCUCGUUCAAGCCAAGCCAAUGCUGCGGAUUGACGGGCGCCUGAAAGAGGCGCUCCAAGCACGCGGAGCGUCGCAUGCACACAUUUCCCUGUCGCACGACGGCGAUUAUGCGCUGGCGUUCGUCGUGCUCGAUGCAUCCGGGCAAAAGGGAUAGCCUAGAGUCGCGAGUUCAAGUCCAUCGGCAUGAAUCAGGACCGGGGCGGGCUCGCCGGACGACGAUCUGCGCGGCCAACAGAGCCAACAUGGAUUGGCGUCGCACACGCCAACGAGCCAACAACGCCACGUUACCCAAUUGCUUAGCACGCAUAUUACAGACAAGUGCGCCACACGCCGGCUGCUCGGAAUAGCGAAAACCCAAACACUCACUGGUCGUCUGCACACGACAAAAAAUAAAACUCAUCACCC